AUGGAACCAGUCACAUCGAAUCCCAAGAGAGAACUCUCACCAGUCGGAUCACCACCAUCUACAAUCAAGAAACCAACACCAAACCCUAUCCAACAAAAGAAGAAGAAGGAAAAAAAGAGGAAAUACAAGACUAAACCAAUAGAUAAAACAUCACCACUAGGUAUCCUCCAAUUCGAAAUCCAAGAGAUCCUUAAAACCCAUAAUUUAUCCCCAGAACAAAUCAUCAAUGACAUCAACACAUUAUUAAACACACCAUCACUAACCUCAACAUACCACCGAGACGUAUCCAACGUCCACGUCCUCCAAACCUCAUCAAACGGUGACGGGCUAGCAUUGGUCCCACACCCUAUAGUCCCAGAACACAGACAGGUCGUCAUCAUCCCGUUCGCCAUACAGGGCGAUGUUGUCUCCAUUCGUAUUUUCAAAACACAUCCAAAUUACGUGGAGGCUGAUUUAUUAUCAAUAACCACGGCGUCACCGCUCAGAGAUGAUUCAUUAAUCCGUUGUAAAUAUUUUGGGAAGUGUUCAGGUUGUCAAUAUCAAAAUUUGUCAUAUCCGCAACAAUUAGAAUUCAAGAGAAACACUGUGCAUAAUGCUUAUAAAUACUUAGCACCAAAUUUGAUUGCACAGGGGAAAGUGCCACAGAUUGGUGAGACCGUGGGGAGUCCAUUGCAGUAUGGAUAUCGUACCAAGUUGACACCGCAUUUUGAUGCUCCUAGAAAAGGAUGUUUGAGCUAUAGGCCAUCCUUGGGGUUUGGUCGGAAAGGUAGACCUGAAUGGAGGGAUGGUGAUGCUGGACAGAGUGGUGAUCAGAGUGUUUUGGAUAUCGAGGAGUGUGUCAUUGGUACUAAGAUUAUCAAUUUGGGGAUGGGUAAUGAAAGGGCCAAGUUUGAAGAAGGUUGGAAAUCUUAUAAGAAAGGUGCGACUGUGUUGUUAAGGGAGCAUACUAGGGUUGGUACGAGGGAACAAUCACAGGCAUUGGAGUAUUGUAAUGAACAGGAUGGUUCGAAGGAUUCGAAUGGGAAUGUUUCAGUGGAUUUAGUGGAGGGUGAUGAUGAAGGUGAUAAAGUCUUGGUGAAAUCUUGUGUUACUCAAUCAAGACAAAUUGUCACUGAAUAUAUUAAUGGGUUUACAUUUGAAUUUAGUGCAGGUGAAUUUUUCCAAAAUAAUAAUUCCAUAUUACCAAAAGUUACAGAAUAUGUUUGUUCAAAUUUACAAAUUCCAGGUAAAUCUAAAGAAUCUCCCCUAUACUUAGUUGAUGCAUAUUGUGGAUCUGGAUUAUUUAGUAUAACUGCCUCAAAAGGUGUUGAUAAAGUUGUUGGUGUUGAUGUCAGUGCAGAUAGUAUUAAAUUUGCCACAAGAAACGCUGAGAGAAAUGGUGUUUUAAAUACAGAAUUCAUUGAUGGUAAAGCUGAAAAAAUCUUUGAAAAAAUUGAUACACCAUCAGAUUUAACUUCAGUUAUUAUUGAUCCUUCUAGAAAGGGGUGUGAUGAAGUGUUUUUAAACCAAUUGAGUGAAUAUAAACCUGCAAGAGUUGUUUAUGUGAGUUGUAAUGUUCAUAGUCAAGCUAGAGAUAUUGAAUGGUUUUUAAAUAAUACAACUAAUGGACCAGAAUAUAAGAUUGAAAGUAUUAGAGGGUUUGAUUUCUUCCCACAGACCCAUCAUGUUGAGAGUGUUGCAGUGUUGAGUAGAGUUUAG